AUGGCGUUUACAGAGUCGAUGCUUGUUAUAACCUCUUCUCUCAAUUCAGCGGAAGACACACAGCCAAUCAGAGUCGACUACGGUAUAACAGACCUUGGGAAAGGAGGUCAGGCUUUGAGGAGGGUGUCUCACCGAACGGUAGCUAAGACCUCACCACAACCGCGCGGGAGCGAGGAGUCGCGGCCAAAGGCGCCCGCCCGAGCCUCCGCUCUGGGCCGGACCCCAGCCCGAGCGGCCGAAAGAAGCCCCCCGCCCGGAUCGCAGGAGAAAUUUUAUUAUUACUAUUUUUCCGAUCGAAAAGAGCAGAAAGCCUGGGAGGGAGGGGGGAACGAGAUAGAAGUAGAAGGAAGGCGAGACCCGACGCAUUCCAGCCCCUCUUCCCUUAGCUGCUCCCGGCCGGAAGGCGCACUUGAUGCCCGGAGAGGCGAAGAAGGUGAAAUUCUUGACCCCCGGCCUCGGGCAGCUGUCCUCCGGUCUAAGGCACACCCGGCGGCGAAAGCGUCGGGAGAGAGCUGCGGCCGCCUCGCGGGUCCCCGGCCCCGAGGCCCGGCGAUCCUGCCUCCUAACGGAACUGCCCGGCGUCCUCCAGCGCCCAGGUCCGCGCCGCCUCGCGCUCAGGCGGCCCGGCGUCUACCUGCAGCCCCGGCACGCGCCCCAGCCUCUCGGAACCCCCUGCCCUGGGGCGCCCCGAGCGCCCGGCCUCCGCGCACCGAGCGCCCUUCGCGGAACUUGAGCCAGGGAACGGUGGAUGAUGAGAGGAGGAGAAAAUCGAGGCUGAACGGGAGGGUAGGGGAACAGCGAGAGAUGGGCUCCGGGCCCCCACCGGCCACCUUCCAAACUUUCGGAGGAGGGGUGCGAAGGAAGGGGGCAUCCCGACCCGGGCGCGGGGUUGCGCCCCCCCCACCCCCCGCACCCCGCCGGCAGUGUCCGCGCCGCCGCGGAGCUGACAGCUUCCCCGCGCCUCGAGAAAGCCCCGGGCUCGCGGUGGAGACGGAACCCGAAAAGACAGGCAAAAGGAGAGAAAACUGCUCGGCCAAACGUGGAUGA